ACACUAUGCGAAAUGUUGCAAACGAAAAGCCUACAUCGUCGACUGUUCGUCUUAUGGACGAUGUGGUUUGUGGCUUCAAUCUGUGGUUAUGCUACGGAUCUGAACUCGAACACAAUCAGCGGCGAUUUCUUCUUCAAUCAAAUCAUUUACUCGAUUCUGAUAGCACUUUCUAAAAUGGUGUUGGUCGCUGUUGAUACAUUUAUUCCGGGAUUCAGUCGAAGAAUACUUCACCAGGGCGCUCAGGCUGUUGUCUGCUUCUGCUUCCUCAUAUUGUUCUUCCUCACUAUGCAGGGAUACUCGGGUGUUGCGACUCUUGUGAUCAAUGUUACCGGUACGAUCUUCAUCGAGUACACAUGGGAUGCAUGCUACCUUUGUGCCGUUGAAUCCAUGGAGACGUCCUGUCGUGCUAGUGCCACCGGAACAUGCUCCCUGAUGGCUCGAGUAGGCGCUAUAAUUGCUCCAGUGGUAAAGUUGGNUUGUGCCGUUGAAUCCAUGGAGACGUCCUGUCGUGCCAGUGCCACCGGAACGUGCUCCCUGAUGGCUCGAGUAGGCGCCAUAAUUGCUCCAGUGCUGACUUAUGCCAAUGUUUACUGGCCUCCAGCGCUCUAUCUUGCCGUGGUCAUCGCAGGACUUGUGAAUCUCGUUAUUUCCUACUUUUUCUUGGUCAGUACGAGUUUACAAACAAACUAG